ACAAAAUGGCGGAGGCUUCGAAAUCUACAAUGAGCGAACCAGCCAAAACAGAGGGAGAGAUGAGAAGAAGUAAACGCGUGAGACAGCCAUCUAAGAGAAUGUUGUUGUAUUUUCAGGACACAGAUUCAGAUUCAAGUCUACAGAAGGGUAAAGGAAAACGUCCUGCCAGAAAGAUCCAGAAAGUUGAUACAUUAGCAACAACAACUAAGGGGACACUGGAACACCAUAGCACGUCUGACGAUGAACCUGUACUGGCUUUUGUUCCUUCAAGUUCUGAUGAGUCUGAAGGAGAACCACUCAGUGAGAGAGAGGAUGAUUUAAGAACCAAACGAAAGGGAAGGAAAAGAGGAAGUAAGAAAGUGAAAGGGCGCUGUUAUGGCCAUGAAGAACAAGAAAGAAUUCUUGAAUAUAGAAAAGAACAGGAACGAAAAUCUAAGGAAAUAAUUGAAAGUCUUACAGUCACCGAAAGGAAAGAAUUUAGAUAUUGCUAGAAUUUUAUCAAAAAGGAAAGAGAAAAAGGAACAAGACCUGUGUCCAGUCCGGAGUGGUGCUCUUGUCACAGAUGCCCACAAUACGAGAGAGUGGAAGAUCGAGUUUGCUGUGGGAUGGUCCCAGAAUUAUGCUCAAGUCAAAGACCUGAGAUGACUCUAUCGAUGCUGGAUAGGAUGACCCUCUACAGUCAGCAGCAGUAUCGACAAGAUGUGUUUUCCUUUUAUGCAGAGACACUAGAAGAUGUCAAUAAAUCUUUCAGACAUGCUGCAUACAGACAAUUUACCAUCUUAAUGCAUGGGAAACUGACUGCUGGAGACAGAAGAACUGUCCCAGCAUGUUGUGUUAAAUUAAUAAGGGAGAAGUUUCCUAGUCUUUCAGGCCAGUAUACAAGCUUCAUACCAGGUGAAGGCCCAGUGUUCUAACAAUUUUGCAUAUUUAUGCCCCCCUUCGAAGAAGAGGGGGUUUAUUGUUUUGCACAUGUCGGUCCGUCCACCAGAUGGUUUCCAGAUGAUAACUUAGGAACGUUAAGGCCUAGGAUCAUGAAACUUCAUAGGUACAUUGAUCAUUACUGGUGAUCAUGACUGGCAAAUGACCCCUAUUGAUUUUCAGGUCACUAGGUAAAAGGUCAGUGACUAGAAACAGUAAAACGGUUUCCGGAUGAUUACUCAAGAAUGCUUACGCCUAGGAUCUUGAAACUUAAUAGGUAAAUUGAUCAUGACUGGCAGAUGAUCUCUUUUGAUUUUCAGGUCACUAGGUCAAGGUCACAGUGACUCGAAACAAUAAAAUGGUUUCCGGAUGAUAUCUCUAGAAUGCUUACGCCUAGGAUCAUGCAACUUCAUAGGUACAUUGAUAAUGACUGUCAGAUGACCCUUAUUGAUUUUCAGGUCACUAGGUCAAGCUCACAGUGACUCGAAAUAGUAAAAUGGUUUCCUGAUGAUAACUCAAGAAUAAUAAGGCCUCGGAUCAUGAAACUUUAUGGGUACAUUGAUCAUGACUGACAGAUGACCCCUAUUAAUUUUCAGGUCACUAUGUCAAAGGUCAAGGUCACAGUGACAAAAAACGUAUUCACACAAUGGCUGCAACUACAACUGACAGCCCAUAUGGGGGGCAUGCAUGUUUUACAAACAGCCUAGUUGCUAUUCUUUUUCAUUUAUCAGACAUAGAACUUUCUUAGUUUUGAUUAUUUUUUGUUCUGGCUCAAUUUUUGAAACAUUUAUAUUUAUGCAAAUCAUUUGAAUUAUGCUUAAUCAUUUGAAUUUUUCAGUUCUAUGCAUUUUGUUUUGAAAUACCAAUUUGUGUGAAAUGUGCUAGUUUAUUAUUAAAACUUGCACAGCAGUUUUUACAUUUGUAUGCUUACUUUGGUGUCAUUUGAAUGAAAUGCCAUGAGUACCUGGAUUGUAAGAUGAAAGAAAUAAAAGAAGCAAUGACA